AUGGCAGUGGCUUUUGAUGCAAUGCUGGCUCGGGUCAAGGAUGUUUGUAAAAGAAAUGGUUUGCUCAUUCUGUCAGUACUGUCUGUCAUAGUGGGAUGUCUUCUUGGAUUCUUCCUCAGGACCAGGCGGCUCUCUCAGCAGGAAAUUAGUUAUUUCCAAUUCCCUGGGGAGUUAUUGAUGAGGAUGCUGAAAAUGUUGAUUCUACCACUGGUUGUCUCAAGCUUAAUGUCUGGACUAGCAGCCUUGGAUGCUAAGACUUCCAGUCGAUUAGGCAUCAUAACCGUCACUUACUAUCUAUGGACAACAUUUGUGGCUGUGAUUGUGGGAAUAAUUAUGGUCUCCAUUAUCCAUCCUGGUGGAGCAGCCCAGAAGGAGAGCACUGAAGAGAGUGGAAAGCCAAUUAUGAGCUCUGCAGAUGCAUUGCUAGACUUAAUUCGGAACAUGUUCCCAGCCAACCUUGUUGAGGCCACAUUCAAACAGUAUCGCACCAAGAGCAUUCCUAUAAUCAAAUCCAACAAGGCAGCUUCUGAAAGCACCACUCGUCGGAUCAUAAUAUAUGGGGUCCAGGAUGAGAAUGGAUCCAAUGUCCAGAAUUUUGCCCUGGAUAUUACUCCCCCUCCAGAAGUGAUUUACAAAUCUGAGCCAGGCACCAGCGAUGGCAUGAACGUGCUGGGGAUUGUGAUAUUUUCUGCCACCAUGGGUAUAAUGUUGGGCAGAAUGGGUAACAGUGGAGUUCCCUUGGUCAGUUUUUGCCAGUGUUUAAAUGAAUCUGUCAUGAAGAUAGUGGCAGUUGCUGUGUGGUAUUUUCCUUUUGGAAUCGUGUUUCUUAUUGCUGGCAAGAUCUUGGAAAUGGAUGAUCCUACAGCUAUUGGGAAGAAGCUGGGCUUUUAUGCCAUUACUGUGGUUUGUGGCCUGGUGGUUCAUGGACUGUUCAUUCUGCCAAUGAUGUACUUCUUUAUCACUAAGAAAAACCCCAUUGUUUUCAUCAGAGGGAUUCUUCAAGCCUUGCUAAUUGCUCUGGCCACAUCAUCCAGCUCAGCCACAUUGCCUAUAACUUUCAAGUGCUUGUUGGAGAAUAACCAUGUUGACCGAAGGAUUGCCAGAUUUGUGCUGCCUGUUGGGGCCACGAUCAAUAUGGACGGAACUGCCCUAUAUGAAGCGGUGGCAGCAAUCUUUAUUGCUCAAGUAAACAAUUAUGAGCUGGAUUUUGGACAGAUUAUUACUAUAAGUAUCACAGCAACAGCUGCCAGCAUCGGUGCUGCAGGGAUCCCACAAGCUGGCCUUGUGACUAUGGUCAUUGUUCUGACAUCAGUUGGGCUGCCUACAGAUGACAUCACUUUAAUUAUUGCAGUUGACUGGGCAUUAGACAGAUUUAGAACAAUGAUCAAUGUCUUGGGAGAUGCCCUCGCUGCUGGAAUCAUGGCUCAUGUCUGCAGAAAGGAGUUCACCAAGGAUGGUGAUGAGGUGCCAUUGAUCUGUGAAACUAAACCCAUCAGCAUUCAUCAAAUCAUGGCUUACCAGAGAAAUGGUUGUGUGAAGAACAUGAGUGAGUCUCAUGGACCAGAAACAGUGAAAGCGUUUCAGCACCACAUACCUAUACAAGUGGAGCAAGAACUAAACCCAGCGGAGAACCACACAAAGAAAUCCAACAGUAAAGACCACUGCGCUAUUGAAAUCAAUGAACUGGAAACAAAUGUGUAA